AAAUUUUCAGGCUGGCUGAGAUCUCGAUGUUACUUAUAGAAUUGGGAAGUCCCACAAAGCUCAUGCAGUGCGGCUGUCAACCGAGUCGAUUCCCAAUUCGCCCAGGAUGAACUCAACCCUGCUCCCGGAGUUCCUCAGUGACCUGCCAGCAUGUGCGGCUCAAUGCUUCGAAACUGCAAUGAAUGCCAGCUCGUGCGCAACGACAGAUCGAUGGUGCAUUUGUACCGGGCAGAGCAUCUUGGAAACUGCACUGGGGUGCUACAGUUUGUCUUGCACUCCAAAGCAGAGCCUAUUCUCGACGAACUACACUCGUGCCGCCUGUGGUAUCCGUGAAGAGAGUAAGGCCAGCUUGACGCCUGCCCUGGCCGGCUCACUGGGCAUGCUGGCCUUAAUCAUGACCGGCCUGCGCAUGGCUCAACGAACCAUGAUGAAGCGAUCGUUUGGCUGGGACGACGGGCUGAUAGUGAUGGCCAUGGCCUGUGCUGCGAUACUGAACAUCAUGGCUUUCCCCAUGCAAAAACACGGCCUCGGAACCAACAUCUGGACAAUCCCAUUCGAAGACAUUACUACCCAGCUCAAACUACUUCUCAUCGCCGAGAUCUUUUACAUGCCCGCCGAAGCCUUGACCCAGUUAUCCUUCCUAGCUUUCUACCUCCGCAUCUUCCCUCCCGGCAACUUCCGAUACAUUGUCUACACCCUCGCCGGCAUCUCAGUCUGCUUCGGAAUCUCCAACACUUUGAUCAUGAUCUUCCAAUGCCUGCCGGUCUCCUACUUCUGGAACAGCUGGUCGGGGGAGGCAACAGGCCACUGCAUUGACAUCAACACCUACUCGUGGUAUCGCGCCGCGAUGCAGAUCGCGAUGGACCUGUCCAUCAUCGCACUCCCCAUCUACCCUCUGUCAAAACUCGCGUUGAGCCGACGAAAGAAGACACUCGUCUUGCUGAUGUUCUGCACGGGAUUCUUGAUCACCGUCGUCAGCUGCCUCCGCCUCCAAUCCCUCAUCCGCUUCUCCAAGUCCGCCAAUAUCAGCAUGGACAACAACCCCGCCAUCUACUGGAGCAUGGUAGAAUGCGACGUCGCGAUUGUGUGCGCCUGCAUGCCCUGUCUGCCUGCACUACUGAAGCCCCUCCUCCCCGCGUGCUUCGGGUCGCGGUAUUAUGCCAGUUCGGAUAACGAGCGAACCCCGCCGGUCAAGCUGGAGCGGAUCCGCCGCAAGGAUGAGUUCAGUGUUCUGUCGACGGCGGUGUCGGAGGACGCCUUGAUGGCAAGUCGGGGGUGAUUUGGGGUUGGUGUGUGUGUGCGGUGGAGGCAGUAAUGCUUGUUAUUUAUGCUCCGACUUAUGAUUCGAGGAAUGAGAAUAGAAUGUGUGGCGUGGUGCCCGGGCUUUCCAAGCGGCGUCGUCAUCAUCGUUGUUAGAGGCAUCGUUUCCCACGUGCUUAAGAAAUCAGCCACACCCGUCUUCGCAAUCCCCCCCGGCUCAAAUAUCGCGGCAGAUCAAGCUCUUGCCAGGAAAUCCCCCCUGAGCUCUCGACCCUCCUCAUCUAAGGACCAUCCGAGAUAUUUCAGUAUGUCUUCAACCUGCUCGCUAACUCGCAUGCGCGCGCCCGCAGUGGUCGCUU